AUGUCCAUCACCUCGACUUCACUGCACACGUCUGGGGCUCUCGUGUUCCAGUGCGCCGCCUGCAAGACCAUUCUGAGCGACAGUCGGGAGUUUGUGUGCACGCUGACGGCGCCAGGCCCCGCCGCCGCCAACUAUGUCGCCGUCAAAGGCGUGUGUGAUGCGCGGGUCGACCGGAUAGCGCAUACCGCAGAGCACACCACCCACUUCUCGCUGUGCUGCGCCGGUUGCGGCGGCGCGGUGGGCAGGCUGUACACCGAGGUGCCACCCGCGCUGGCACCCGUGUGCAACCUGUUUUGCCUGGAGGUCAGCAGCUGCCUGAGCUACGAGCUGGGCAGUGCGGAGGUGAGGGCGCCAGGCGGCGGCUGCGCGCCCGCCGUGGCGCAGCAGCAGCAGCAGCAACAGGUCGGCGGCCCGCAGCUACCAGGGGCAGGCGGGGAUGCCACGCUCGUGCUGGAACUGCUGGCGCGCGUGGAGCACCUUGAAGCCAGCCUGUGCACGCUGCAAGGCAUGCAGGUGCUGCAUGACGCACAGCUGAGGACGCUGCCCGGCUACCAGGUGGACGGCCAAUUUGCAGAGGCGGUGGCGGCGGGUGGCAGCUAG